UGAAUAGGUCUGUCAAGCUCAAGGCGAUUGCUGUCGCUCUAGGGGCCGUUUUGAUGACCAGUCACUACUGACUUUCACCAAUUAUCAACAUGUAUGCGAAAUCGUGGAUCAGAUGCGCCUCGCAGAGGUACGUGAUAUGCAAUUACUGAACUCAUAGCUAUGAAGGCGUCAUUUCUGGAUGGAGCCAGUCUUGCUCGAACGGUGUUCGCCUGUGUGUAUUAUCACAGGCCGGAGCUAGCUUUUCAUCCAGAAAAUGCUACAUCGCUUGCCCCAUUUGUCCGCGCCUACAGCCUUGCCUUCGCCAAAUGCGUUGAGCUGGCGGUUCAGGAGCUGAGCAGGGGCCAUGUUCACGAUUUCGAAGAUGCUUGGCUCGACACAUUCGGAAUUCCUGUCAGGCUUGACGAUACAGUGCAUGAUAUUGUUAGGGAGCUGCGAAGUGCUAUGGCACGCUGUGACGAUAUUCCUGGUGCGGAUACGCUCGGGUUGGGAACAAGCAGAUGCUGAGGCUCCUCAGCUCCUUGGAAGGAUGAAUUGCGUUCGCGAUUGGUCCUUCGGCAACAUAUAUUGUGCUCUCUAGCUAGCGUUCCGGAGUUCGAGGGAUCUGCAGACAUUUCAGCUCCUUGGAUCAAGAGCAAUCGGAGCUCCCGAAGGGGAGAG